GUUCACAUUCUUCAAUUCUUCAAAAUGACAGUGAAGCCUUUAAUCCUGCAUCUGGAUCCCAUAAGAUAUGCACAAAAGCCAUGGGAAGAGUUUGAAGAAAUAGCACAAGUAGUUCAUAUUGGUGAUGAUUAUACUAGAGACCAAUUCAUCAAAGAUUUAAAAGGAAAAUACUCAAACGUGGAAGGUAUUGCGAGAGGUUAUUUAACUGGACAAAAAGUUGGUCGUUUUGAUGAAGAUCUAGCUCAACAUUUCCCUCCGACUUUAAAAUUCAUUGCCCACCAAGGUUCUGGUUAUGAUCAAUGUGACGUUGAACCUUUGAGGAAAAGAGGGAUUCAGCUAUCAAAUUGUCCAAAUAUUGUCAAUAAUUCGACUGCUGAUGCACAUAUUUACCUAAUGCUUGGAGCUAUGCGUAACUUUGGUGCUGGUCAUGAUGCUUUACUUGGAGGAAAUUGGCCCAUUUUGGGGUUUGGAGCUGGGGUCAAAGAAGGUUGGAACCCAUCUGGGAAAGUUUUGGGUAUCAUUGGAAUGGGUGGAAUUGGACAAGCUGUUAGAGACCGUGCUAAACCAUUUGGGUUCCAAAAAAUUGUUUAUUAUAACAGAUCAAGGUUGCCACCUAAUUUAGAGCAGGACUCUGUAUACGUUGAAUCAAUUGAGGAGCUUGUCACAAUUGCAGACGUUAUAUCAUUAAAUAUCCCUUUAAACUCAACAACCCACCAUCUUGUAAGUGAUGAUUUGAUUACAAAAAUGAAAGACGGUGUUGUUAUUGUUAACACUUCAAGAGGUGCUGUUAUUGAUGAAAGUUCUUUAAUCAAGCAUUUGAAAUCGGGUAAGAUUGGAGCUGCUGGGCUUGAUGUCUUUGAAAAUGAACCACAUCCACCAAGUGAAUUACUGAAUCUAUCAAAUGUCGUUUCAUUACCCCAUAUGGGAACACAUGCAGUUCAAACUGUUUAUGACAUGGAGAAUUGGGUGAUCGAAAACUUGAGGUCAGGUUUAACUACUGGGAAAAUGCUUUCAGUUGUGUAGAGAUCAAUUGAAUGUUGGUAACACUAAGUGGUGGAUGUUUUGAUGCUAUUGGUUGUAGCAUGAGUACUUGAUAA